UUUCAAUCCAAUUACCAUUUCAACUUUUGUCAUGCCUUCAGCCAUAACAUUGAAAUAUACCCGAUCGCAAACAUUGGAGUAACCUACAGUUUCACUAUCGCUAGAUCGAGAUACGAUGCGGACAGCGACAACAUGGCGUCAAACAAUACCAAUAACAGCACCAACCAAUCCUUAACCCACGAACUACUCUCGCGAGCGCACAGUCCCGACAGUGUAAACCGCAUCUACUCCGAUAAGAUCCAACACAGACCUCUUUUCCUUAAGCCCACCUCUCCACCUCCGUCCAACGCCCGCGACGCUCGACGCAAGUCCCGAGUCGAGAAGCAAAGGCGCUUGAAAGCUCUAAAGCCAAAACCCCUAUCAGCACGACAGCGACGGAAGCUUGGUCUCUACGACGUCCCCAAAUCAGGUCAAAAAUAUGCCGUAUUCGAGCCGCUGAACCAGCUAUGGCUAGGUUAUAUCCGCGAAGUGCUUGGUAGCGAGCUAUACACUGGGGGACAGGGCGCUGCUGCCAAACUAAGCGCUGCCGACUUCCAUGGUGCUAAGGUGGAAGUGUCGCGCAGUAGUUGUCCUAGUCGCGUUGGCAUACAAGGGAUUGUGAUCAAAGAUGCGCGCUUCGUCUUUGAAAUUAUUACCGCGAAAAACCAGAUAAAAACUGUGCCAAAGGAGGGGACUAUGUUUCGCAUCAGCGUCCCCCCAGUGCAGCAGGAGAAUACUAUAGCCUCGGCCGAGGACCGAAAACCCUUUACCUUCGAGAUUCAUGGAGAUCAAUUUCAGUACCGGUCGGCUGAUCGCGCGAACAAGAAGUUCAAGCCGCAUUUCCUGGAAAAGCUUUAAGGGGAUUUACUUUUGGCAACUUUCAAUAUGCGCCAUACCUAACAAUAUUCGAACAUGGUACCGACGCCUACGUUGGCGUAUCUAAUAUCAGAUUUGGCAGACUUCCGGGACUAUUUUGUUUGAGAACCAAUAUUGAUUGGAUUUCGAAGAGUCAUAUUGUGCACUCACAUAUGUUGGGCUUUUAAACGCACAAAACCGUACAGUAAGGUCGUCACCCUAAGGGUUAUUUUGUACGCCCACGAUACUACCGCUAUAAAGAUACAAUAAUAUGUCUAGCUUAAGGGAUCUUCGAAAUAAGCAUGAGGUGUGCCCGAGCGAAGGCGCAUCAAAGGGACGGCAAUAUCCAGAAGUAUACACCGACUCAUUGGAGCGCCAUCCGGCUAGCAAUCCCUUACAUCAGCCGCUACCGGACGUCCUUAGACGGAAAAGAUUAUAUCUUCGUUGGACGGCGGAUUAUUUUAUUGCUCGUGAGGAAGUAAGAGCCGUCAAAGUGGUAUGGAAUGCUAAAGGGAAUUUAACCAACAAUGUUUGAGUAUGCCCUUAGCUCUAGAAUCAUAAAGCGAGGAAGGUCAAGAGUCUACUCGCCAAGAGUAAAGCGGCAACUGGGUAGACGGACGAUAAAUAUUAAUCCCACGUUCCGCGUUUAUAUUAAUAUAAUGUGGAAAUUUUAC